UUCGUAACUCCGCGGAUGGGGAUUUAUAGUUUUGGUAGACCGCGGAUAAACCCAAAUUAGUGCGCACAAGUCUCCGUUUUGGCAACUAAGAGCGCAAGCUCAAAAAGAAAGAAAGAAACAAACACAGUGUAACGCAAGGUGUGCGCUCUGCUUCGGCUGUUUCUACAGUUUAGCUUCAUUCAGAUGUGUCAGAUUUAUUUCACAGUUGUUGGGUUUAAUUUUAUACGCGCAUUAUGGAGUACUGGAGGCAGUGCAGCUUGUGGCUGAUCAAUUGUAAAGUUUUGCCCCGGAAUCAUCGGGUCACGGCGGAUUCGGCGCAGGUUUUUGAUUUGGCCCAAACUCUUCGGGAUGGGGUGCUUCUGUGCCAGCUGCUGAACAAUCUCAGACCCGACACCAUUAACCUGAAAGAGAUCAAUCUCAGACCACAGAUGUCACAGUUCCUCUGCCUGAAGAAUAUUCGUACGUUCUUGUCUGCAUGCUGCGAAGCAUUUGGGAUGAAGAAGAGUGAACUGUUUGAUGCCUUCGAUCUCUUUGAUGUCCGAGAUUUUGGAAAGGUCAUUGACACCCUAUCAAAACUCUCUCAUACGCCUUUUGCACAACAGAAAGGAAUCAGGUCAUUUCCCACAGAGGAAAGCACUGAAAAUGAAGACAUAUAUAUCCACUUGGCAGAUCUGAUUGAUGAGGAGCUGGAGGAAGAUAUUUAUGACCCUGUGUAUGGAGAUGUGGAAGGAGGAGAGGUGUAUGAGGAUCUGAUGAGGACAGAGGCUGCUGCGUCUCAAGCGAAACAGGCCGAGGUGGAUAUCAGAAGCUGCUGUCUUCUAGAGAUCAAACAGACGGAAGCCAAAUACACUGAGACCCUGGAGACCAUUGAGAAGUACUUUAUGAUUCCACUGAUAAAAUUCAUCUCAGCAACAGAAAUUGACAAGAUUUUCAUCAAUAUACCAGACCUGGUUAAAGUUCACAAAAACCUAUUAGCUGAGAUUCAAGACUCCGUUCAAAAUAAAAAUGCAGAAAACCUCCACCAAAUCUUCAUUAUUUACAAAGACAGGCUUCUGCUUUAUGGAAAAUACUGCAGUCAUGUAGAAUCAGCCAUUUCUCUGUUAGACUUCAUCUGUAAGGAAAAAGAGGGCGUUCGACUGAAACUAGAGGAAUGUUCGAAGAGAGCCAACAAUGGGAAAUUCACUUUGAGAGACUUGCUUGUGGUUCCCAUGCAGCGAGUGCUAAAAUACCCACUACUGCUUCAGGAAUUGGUGAAAUAUACUAACGACAGCACAGAAAAGAGCAACCUACGAUUAGCCCUUGAUGCCAUGAAAGACUUAGCCCAGUAUGUAAAUGAGGUGAAAAGAGACGUUGAGACUCUGAGGGAGAUUGAUCAGUAUCAGAGAUCCAUUGAGAAUUUGAACCAGUGCUUACUUUCUUAUGGAAGACCGAAGGGUGACGGUGAAGUCCGUUUGGUGUCAAAUGUGGACAAGCGCAGACAGGACAGACAUAUUUUUUUGUUCGACGUUGCUGUAAUUGUCUGCAAGAGGCGCGGGGACAACUAUGAGAUGAAGGAAGUGAUCGACCUCAACCAUUUCAAGAUCACCAAUAACCCUACUACUGAUAAGGACUGCAGAAAGUGGUGCUACGGGUUCUACCUCACUCACCAGCAGGGACAGAGUGGAUUUGAGUUCCUGUUCAAGACAAAGGAGCUGAAGAAGAAAUGGCUGGACCAGUUUGAGAUGGCCAUAUCUAAUAUUCGGCCUGAGAAUGCCACAUUUAACUCUCACCACUUCAGGAUGCACACUUUCGAGAGGGCCACCAGCUGCAGCUCCUGUCAUAUGCUUCUCAGGGGAAUUUUUAAUCAAGGCUACCUUUGUCCUAAAUGCGGAAACGGGGCUCAUAAGGGUUGUCUCGGAAAACUAGGAGCAUGUGGAAGGGCAGGUGCUGCUGUUCAAAAACCACAGAGAAAGACAAGACCUAGGAAACAAGAAGACCAAG